AUGAAGGAGGAACCGUCUUCUGCUAUUUCUCUGCUGCUGACGGGCAUGCGGCCAGUUGGGGGGCAGUCAGAAGAUGCAGCAGCAGCAGCAGAAGAUGAAGAUGAAGAAGAAGAAGAAGAAGAAGAAGAAGAAGAAGAAGAAGAAGAAGAAGAAGAAGCAGAAGAGGAAGAAGAAGAAGAAGAAGCAGAAGAGGAAGAAGAAGAGUGA